AUGGCAAAUGGCCUAGAUAUGCUACACAAAAGGCAUAUGCUAACGAAACACAUGACACAGGUCCAAUGUACACUCUGGAUAAACAACCAUGGUUCAAUGUACAAUGGCAAUAAAUGGUUUAAAUACAAUGAGAUCAUAUUUGACACUCACUUUUGUCGUACAAUCGUUGCGUAUCCAGGAAUCUUAAUGGCAAACAUCAAUUUAUAUACAAUAAACACCAAACACUAA